CAUCCCUCCGCUGCAGUCAGGAUUGAUUCAGUGCAUAUGCUGGCGAAAAAUGUUGAUCGUUAUGAAAUACAGACUAAUGAUUUAAUAAGGUGAUGGAGGUUGGUAUACAGCAGCUAAAGAGGGAAUGAUUGGUGACUGAGAGUAGGCUAGUGCCCCCAUGCCCCGCUGUUCCAGUGGGAUAAAUCAAAUGGGAUUUUAGCAGAUGCACACCUGGGUGCGCUGUCAUUUAGGUUUUUUUAUUAACACACGACAUUCUAUUCGCAUACACUCAGGCUGUAAACCCAGCCCCAUAUCUGUCAUGUUCCAGGUUAUGCUAUUUGUCCGUUAUACAAGGACACAAGGCUAAAGACAAGGCAUCAGGUGAAUGACGCGGAGGAGAAGAGAGCGCUUUAACCCUUGACCAUCUGGAACAAUCGCAGUAGAAUUAGAACGACGGCUGGAGGGCGUAUUCCUGACGGCGUCGACGAUCUAUAACAUAUGCGUUGACGCUGGUACCCGCGCCGCCUCUUCCUCAGUGCACUGACUGAACAACGCGACAAUAGCCUAAACGGUGUGUGCUUUCGGCUCCAUCGUCUCUGUUGGUUAUCUAUUCAUCCACGGCUCUGAAUCUGGCAGACCUGCACAGGACAUGGUGUUUUGUGUGGAAUUAGGCCUAUCAAUGUCAUCUGUUUGAGAGGCGGGAGAGAGAGAGAGCGGGAGAGAGAGCGAGAGACGGCGCAAAGGAAUCCUUGGCAUACACACACGUCGGUGUCUCAAUGUGAUUUUGAGUGACUGGCUGCAUUCUUGUGGAGACGAGCGGAACGGAUAAACCCAUUUUCGCCGUCUCACCCAUUUGCGCGGAUAGCGGCUGGUGCAUGCCCGUCUGGGUUGAGCAUCUGACCGCGUCUCUUUCUGCUGGAGCUUGGCUGAUCCGAGCUGUCCUGGGUCGGGCGUGGAAGGAGCCGAGAUGAGCGCCUUUCGGAGGAGUAGCGGGGUGUCUCUAUUGGGGUUGUGUUGGGUAUUAAUGGGACUGUGGAGGCUCGGGGCCGCCUGCCCCGCGUCCUGCUUCUGCAGCGGGACCAGGAUCGCCUGUGUGGAACAGGAGCGGGGCAUCAUGGCUUUCCCAGUGCUGCAGUCUGAGCUGGAGAUGGACAACAUCACCGACAUAUAUAUUGCAAAUCAGAGUAGCUUCUCAUCCAUCAAUGACAAAGACCUGCAUUAUUACCGGAACCUCACGAAUCUAACUGUGACUAACAGCAGGCUUACCUAUGUGUCUCGACUGGCCUUCCAGAACAACCUCAAACUUCAGUAUCUGAAUCUGAAAGACAACAACUUGUCAUCUCUGUAUUGGAGGAUAUUUCGACAUUUAAACAUAUCAAAUCUGAUUCUUUCAGGGAACCCGCUGCACUGUUCCUGUGAGAACAUGUGGAUGAAGCUGUGGCUGGGAGAGGAGGCUGAUGCUCAGGGGCUCAAAUGUAUAGAGGAGGGUGGUGGGAGGAAACCUCUGACCAAGCUCAACCCCCCUCACUGUGUGGUUCCCAUGGCAACUCUGAGCCCAUCCAAGGUGAUGGUGCAGGAGGGUGCUGAUGUGGUGUUGACAUGCAACACCUCCGGAGCGCCCUCUCCUGAGCUCAUCUGGAACAUGACCCCACUCGUCUCCUACAAUGAGAUUGAGGCCUCAGGGCAGGUGUCUGAGCUCCAUCUCUAUAACCUCUCCUCACUGGACAACAACUGUAAGAUCACCUGCAGCGCUGAGAACAUUGUGGGCGAGAAUGAGUCCUCAGUCUUCCUCGACAUCCUCUUUCCCCCUAACAUCAGUAAGUUGAGUGAUGCCUACUCGGACCACCACUGGUGCAUCCCAUUCAGUUUGUCUGGGAACCCAAAGCCCGAGCUCCGCUGGCUGUUAAACGGGGAGCCGGUAAAUGAGGGACCCUACAUCAUGACUAUGAUCCAUGACUUCUCUGAGAGGGAGUACCACGGCUGCCUGCAGCUGGACAGCCCCACACACAUCAACAACGGACCGUACACCCUGCUGGCCAGCAACAAGUACGGACAAGACCGCAAGACCGUCGAGGCUCACUUCAUGCUUGACCCCUUUGAUGGAGGAACAGUGACAGAACCACUUUACUAUGACCCAACUACAGCAGAGGACACACCUCUAGAGCCACCGGAAGACAGAGUUGCUGUAUAUGUGGUCGUAGGGAUUGUAGCAGUAGCCUUCGUGGGUUUUCUAUUGAUGCUGGUCAUCCUGAAAUUCGGGGGUAACUCAAAGUUUGGAAUCAAAGGUGCGUCGUCGGUGAUCAGUAACGAUGACGACUCAGCCUCUCCUCUCCACCACGUGUCCAAUGGCAGUAACACUCCAUCCUCCUCUGAGAUGGGCCUAGACGCGGUCAUCAUCGGCAUGACCAAGAUCCCCGUUAUCGAGAACCCUCAGUACUUCCGCAGCAACAGCAUGCUCAAAUCAGACACUUUUGUCCAGCACAUCAAGAGGCACAACAUAGUGCUGAAGAGGGAGUUGGGAGAGGGGGCGUUUGGGAAGGUUUUCCUGGCCGAGUGCUACAACCUGUCUCCUGAGCUCGAAAAAAUCCUGGUGGCUGUCAAGACCCUGAAAGAGGCCAGUGAGAAUGCAAGGAAGGACUUCCACCGGGAGGCCGAGUUGCUGACCAACCUGCAGCACCAGCACAUUGUCACGUUCUACGGUGUGUGUGUGGAGAGCGACCCCCUCAUCAUGGUGUUUGAGUAUAUGAAGCACGGGGACCUCAACAAGUUCCUCAGGGCUCACGGUCCCGACUCCGUGAUGAUGGGUGACGGUCCGACCAAUAGGCCCGUGGUACUGACCCAGUCCCAGAUGCUGCACAUCGCCCAGCAGAUCGCUGCAGGCAUGGUCUACCUGGCCUCCCAGCACUUUGUCCACCGAGACCUGGCCACACGUAACUGUCUGGUGGGAGAGAAUCUGCUGGUGAAGAUCGGUGAUUUCGGCAUGUCCCGAGACGUGUACAGCACGGACUACUACAGGGUAAGUGUGGGCGGUCACACCAUGCUGCCCAUUCGCUGGAUGCCUCCAGAGAGCAUCAUGUACAGGAAGUUCACCACGGAGAGCGACGUGUGGAGUCUGGGCGUGGUCCUCUGGGAGAUCUUCACCUACGGCAAACAGCCCUGGUACCAGCUCUCCAACAACGAGGUGAUUGAGUGUAUUACACAGGGGCGUGUCCUGCAGCGGCCUCGCACCUGUCCCAAAGAGGUGUACGACCUGAUGCUGGGGUGCUGGCAGAGGGAACCCCACAUGAGACACCACAUCAAGGAGAUCCACAGCCUACUGCUCAACCUAGCCAAGGCCUCUCCUGUCUACCUGGACAUCCUCGGCUGAGUGUGUGUGUGUGUGUCUGUGUGUGUAUGUGCGCAUGCUUGAGUGUGUGUUUGAAGCUACAAUCAAACUCUUUAAGGCAAUCAGAUGAUUCCCCAACUAUUCCCUUGUGCCCUACCCUCUCUCUCAGAAGAUUCCCCAACUAUUCCCUUGUGCCCUACCCUCUCUCUCAGAAGAUUCCCCAACUAUUCCCUUGUGCCCUCCCUCUCUCUCUCUCUCUCUCUCUCUCUCUCUCUCUCUCCCUCUCUCUCUCUCUCUC